UCUUCGAUUUAUUAAAAUAAAUAAAUAAAUAAAAAACAAUAAAUGGCAUCACAAGACUUGACAUGCAUGCAUUGUAUGACCAUCCCACGGCGACGUGGCUCUUUGACUCUCUAUCUCUCUCUUGAGAAAUUCCACGCCAUUGGCUCGGUCCAAUUUGUGCGCCUCACACUGAAAUGCUUUCUCUCUCUGGUUUGGCCUCGUCUGUUCCAAGUUUCAAAACUCUGCUUCUUUGUAUGCAAAUUCCGGGUUUGGAUUCUUCAAGUAAGGUUAUCCAAUUUCAAACAGUUUCCUCUGAGUAUUGAUUUAGUUGACAGCAACUUCUUCUUCGUCCUACUUUUUUAAUUUUCUUUUCCUGUUCCAUUCGACUGUUCGUCUCUCUGUUUUGAAUAUUGGGAUUGAAACCCAUGUCCAGCUAUUGUUCAGCGUGGAAUUUCAUUUACUGGGUCACAAUCGUGAUUUUUCCUCUUCCCACUUGACUAUCUGGAUAGCUAAUUUAACAGUUCUAGAGGAAGAUAAGAGGGAAUUCUGGUGGUGGUGGUGGUGUGGGAGGAAGAACAUGGUCAAGGGUUUUAGGUGAGGAAAAAAAAAAAUGGAAGAAGACUGAAUUUCAAUACCAGCUACAUAUGCCCUGUUCCUAAUUUUCUGGCUUUUGGUGCUUUUUCCAGGGAUAGUCCUCAAAUGGGUACGAGUCAAAGAGCUGUUAUAGAGUUCUGAGAUGUUAGGAGACGAAGAAAAGGGAAGGGGAGGGGGAGGGCUCGCCGGUUGUACUCGGAAGGCGUAUUUCCGAUCGGCGUCGUGGAGCAACAGGUCUCCAACCAAGCCCAAUCAUAAUCGGAGUUUAGUGCCCAAUAGUAACAAAGCUCGAUCAUGUCUGCCGCCGCUUCAGCCGCUUUCAAUCAGCCGCCGGAAUAUUGAGGAGUGGCCACGGGCGGGUUCUGAUGAUCUUGGCGUCUGGCCACACCCACAAACUCCGAGAGAAGUUGUUAACAAGGCGUCUCAGAAUUCUGAAUGUGAACAGCCUGCGAGGGAAUUUCAGUUUAAGAAGGAUAAGCUUGCCUUCUUUGAUAAGGAAUGCUCGAAGUUUAUGGAUCAUGUAUAUCUAGGGAGUGAUUCUGUGGCUAAGAAUCAAGAAGUUUUGAGGCAGAAUGGGAUCACCCAUGUGCUGAAUUGUGUUGGGUUUGUCUGUCCAGAGUACUUCAAGAGUGAGUUUGUGUACAAAACUCUUUGGUUGCAGGAUAGUCCCUCGGAGGAUAUUACUAGUAUUCUCUAUGAUGUGUUUGAUUACUUUGAAGAUGUUCGUGAACAAGGCGGUCGGGUUUUUGUGCAUUGUUGUCAGGGGGUGUCUCGAUCGACCGCUCUUGUGAUCGCAUACCUCAUGUGGAAGGAAGGACGGAGCUUUCACGAUGCCUUUCAAUAUGUAAAGGCUGCACGAGGGGUGGCUAAUCCGAACUUGGGUUUUGCUUGUCAGUUAUUGCAGUGCCAGAAGAGAGUACAUGCUGUCCCUGCUAGCCCGAGUUCAAUUUUGAGGAUGUAUCGGAUGGCACCACAUUCUCCAUAUGAUCCGCUUCAUCUUGUACCCAAGAUGUUGAACACUCCUGGUGUUCAAGGACUUGAUUCACGAGGCGCAUUUGUUGUGCACGUUCCUUCUGCUAUCUAUGUAUGGAGCGGGGAAAAGUGCAACUCCAUGAUGUUGAAGAUGGCGAAGGUGGCAGCAUCACAGGUCAUUCAAUAUGAAAGGGCAAAAGGCCCCAUCCUUAGCAUCAAAGAAGGUGCCGAACCAUUAGGAUUUUGGGAUGCUCUUAUGAGUAGCCAAAAUUUGGCUGAUAAUUCUGAAGAUGGGAAAGCUCAAAAGCUAGAUAUUUUGUCUACCGCAGAAGAUCACAUCUCUAAAGUGACAGGUCUAAAGGUAGGCAACCGCAAAGUUGAGGAGUAUAAUCCAGAUUUUGAAAUUUUUCAUAUGGCAAUGUCAGGUGGGGUUGUUCCUCCUUUCAUUCGAUCAAAUACGGAAACAGAAAAUUACCUUCCUGCUAGAGAAAAUGGAUGGGACACAGUUAAGAGGACGGUCGGAGACGAAACUACAACCGAUAUUGUCACAUCUUCGGAGCUGGAUUGUGAUACUACAUCAUUUGAUGAUAUGGAUAAGACUGCAAAUAUUCAUGAAGAAGCACCAACUUCUUCAAUUGAUCUCGCAUCUCCACCACUUUCACCCACAGCCUAUUUAUGUGGUUCGCCUGACUGUUUCCCAGAUAGUAGCCUAGAUCAGGAAAUAUGUAGUUCUGGCAAGGAGGAAAGCUCGAUCCCGGAUGAUCCUUUAUCGUUACCAAUUCAUCCUCCGGGAUCACCAGAUUCAUUUUUCUGUUCCCAAGGAGGUACUAGUCCACAAUUUAGCACCAAAUCCCCUUUACUCUCACCUUCUACAUCUGAUAGCUCUAGUUCUUUUACCUUUUCACCAUCAUCGUCGAAUUGGUCGUCUGACUUGUCAUAUGUGUCUUCUCGGCAACCUUCACCGUCUGACAUGGAUUCAGUGCAUCCGGCUGUUAAAAACUCAUCCAUAAUAGAUAAUUUUUGUUUACGCCACAAAGAAACUGAUCCUUUCAUUGUAGAGUCCUUUUCCUCUUACCCUACGUUAAGAACAGGAAACACCAAUUUGACAUCAUCUAGAGGGACCUGCCCAUCAAUUGCAGAGCGUCGAGGGAGUUAUCCUCCACCCAGGAUGUUGCUGCCCUCCAUUGAAGAAGCCUGCAAGGUUCAGAGGAAAAUAGUUCGAUCAUUGUCAUUUUCUUUACCCGACCUAGACGAUGAUGCAUUGGACAUAUCUGGGUGCAGGCAAUCCAAGAAUAGAAGCAGUAGUAUAUACAUGAGUUUGGAUAUUGAUAGAAUUGGGGCUUGCAUUGAAACAGAAUGCAAGCUAGCAUUAGCAAAAACUCAAGUCUUUUACCAGUGGCCUUCCAUGAGUAAAGUAGUUAUCAAUCAACUUGGAGAUCUCAAUUCUGGAUCAGUGUAUAUGUUUUUCGCUUCAAAUGUCAACCUGGAUUCAGACAACUAUAACAUCUUAUUUAUCUGGCUGGGGCGUGAAGUUUUGCAUGCAAACGAUGAGAGUCAACUGAUGAGUGACGAGCACCACUGGAAGAUGAUCGGACAUAUAUUCAUUAAUCACAUGGAAAUUCCUAGAGAUGCCCAAAUACAGAUAAUAAGAGAAGGGGAGGAGCCAGAGGAGUUCCUUGAGAUUCUAAGCCGUUCAUUACCUCAAAAAACAGAAGAUGAUGAUCUGUUGUCUGUGAAGACCUGAUGGACUGUGACGCUUUUGAAGAAUCCAAGUUUCCUUGCUUGAUAAGCCGAAGAUCAACAAGAGAGGCAAAAUCUAUCUGUUGAAGAUCUCCAUUUGUCAGUUCAUUGCAAUCAAGGAUAAGCAGCAGAUUAGCAUGCUUAAACGAAUAUUUACUUGAAAUAAAAAUACCAUUGCUUAUACAGAACACGGGUGAACGGAAACUGUAGCUCAAUUGUACAUUUUAAAAAAUACUUUGACUAUGUGACAAAUUGAAGGGAAAAAAUGAUUUGGAUAA